AUGGCGCCACAAAUCGGUCUUCUUGUCGGCGCCGGCCUCUGGGGCUUCUUGGCAGAUGUCAUUGGAAGAAAGCUCGCAUUCAACACCAAGGUUUUUUCUUGCGCCGUACUCGUCAUCAUUGCCGGUGGCAUGCCGAGCUACAUUUCUUUCACGUCUCUCGUGGCACUCUACUCUGCCGGGGGGAACUACAUUAUAGAUGCCACUAACUUCUUGCAGUUCCUGCCAACCAGCCAUGCGUGGCUAGUCACUUUCAUGGGGGUCUGGUGGGCGGUUAGCUACAUGAAGACUGGUUUCUUGGCCUGA